AUGAUCAAAAUACUGGUCCUACUCUCGCUUCUAUCUAUCGGGGCAUAUACCUAAGAUUAAGCUGCCAAUGCAACUUAAUUCCUUUAAGCCUCAGAUGCAGUUCUAGUCCUUCUGAAUUUCCAGGAUGGUUUCAUGCAAGGAUCAAUGAGCAGUGAAGGAAGUGGCGAGCAACUAUAGUCACACGAAGGUUUGGCAGCAGAGCAGUAGAACAACUUGAAUGCUUUAAUCAACCUAGUUAAAGCAUUCAAUAUUUCAUCAAUUGUUGGAGUGCAAAAUAAUGAAACAUACGGUGCAGUGUGGCAAUAAAUCCAACAAAAUCUAACUGAUGCUCAGAUAAUAACUCUGUCCAACGCUGGGGAAUAUGCAUUCAACAAUGCCGAAUUCUAGAAUGCUCUUACUGCAACUGGCAAGAAAAGUAUUAUCCUUGCUGGACUUCCUGCUGACGCCUCAUUGGUUUACAAUUCAAUUAUUGCUUAACAGCAAGGUUACAAAGUGUGGGCUGUCCUAGACUCAUCUCCAGUAUACUCAUAGAUGGCUUUCUGGAUUGCACUUUAGAAUCUUAAUGUUGCUGGAAUUAACGCAAGAACAUGGCUCCAAGUUUCUAAUGAACUUCUUUUUGGCAAUCCAGAAAACGUGGCCCAAGUCAAUCAAAUCUACGGUGCCUUCCUUCCAGGAACAAAUAUCACUGGAGUCCCAAUUGUUCCAGUAGAGCCCUCUGGAAAUGAGACUGCUCCAGCAAAUGAAACUGCACCAGCUAAUGAGACCACACCAACUGAUGGAGGUAAUGGCGGCACAGAAGGUGGAAGAAGAUUAAGAUUUAUAUAUGGAGGAAGAUAAUGA